AAGAAGGCAGGGAAACAUCGGUUGAGGGAGCAUUCUAGAAAGGCGAAGCUUGAGGGUUUCAAGGAGACGAGGAAAAAUGUUGUCCGGUCUAUCGAAAUGGCUUGUGGAUCCCAAGCGCAACCCCCUCGCGGCUAUUCAUAUGAAGACCAUAUCCAAUCGCUUGAGGAAAUACGGUCUCCGAUAUGACGAUUUGUACGACCCGAUGUACGAUCUUGAUGUAAAGGAGGCGCUGAAUCGGCUACCGAGGGAGAUCGUGGAUGCGAGGAAUCAGCGGCUCCUGAGAGCUAUGGACCUUUCAAUGAAGCACGAGUAUCUUCCAGAAAAUCUCCAGGCUAUGCAGACGCCAUUUAGGAGCUAUCUUCAGGAGAUGCUGACUCUUGUUAAGAGGGAGAAUGCCGAGCGAAAAGCACUCGGUGCAUCGCCACUCUAUCAGCGCACCCUUCCUUGAGUUCGAUCUCAAUCCAUGGCGCCUGUCGCUGAAUAAGGGAAAGGCAAUCUUGAUCCCUUACUGAGACUGGACUUUCUUUAUUGUCUGAAUUUUGUACCUCGUUUUUUCUUGUUGUUUGAUUCUUGGGUUUAAGCAUAUCAUUUAAUAAUGUUGGACCGAUUAGUUGGUGCCUCCAUCUCCAUCAAUCUGGAAAAUGGCUGCAUUUCUGAAGAAUUAUGUUAUAAUUUUAUGAGGAUUUUUAUUGAGGUUCUCUCCCGGUUGUCUGAAGUAAUAAGAUGUGCAUACAUUUGUUUGUUUUCUUC